CUCGAGAAUCCUACUGGAAGCUUAUGCAGGAGUUAGUAAUGCGCAGCGAGUUCAUAGCAAGAGACCACGCAAAGCCCGCUGAGAAUCGUUACUGGACUUGAUCAUCUCUGGAGACAGUUAUCGCAUUAAUGACUCGGAAAAUCCUUGGCUUAUAUGGAAUAGCCGAUAUUGUACCGGAGUUUCGCGUGAUUGAGGGGGAGUUACCGCCGGCAUACUGAUGCGUGUUAAACGAAGUGAUCUGACUAAACCACCAAACUCUUCUCAUCCGACUCUGAGGUUCGUGGCUCCUUGGAAGAUAUAUGCUCUUCUAAAAGACCAUGUCGACAAUGCAACUCCUCGCAUUAGGCCAGUUGGCCAUGGGCUCUCCCAUCACACUGGCGUUCUGCGUUGUUCUGGUGGUGGUAGCAGUGCUGGCAGCUUUAAAAAGAACUAGAUCUUCAAGGCAGAUUCCAAGAGUAGGCAAGGCUCCUGGCUGGUUUGGCCUGGCGGAGGCAAAAAGAGACUUCAUAGCCAACGGCAGGUUACUUAUUGACGAAGGCUAUCGCAAGUAUAAGAAUUCGAUGUUCUUGGUGCAGACUGCAGACAUGGAGCGUAUUGUCUUGAGCCCACAAUAUGUAGACGAGCUCAGAGCCGCCCCUGAAUCGGUGCUCAGUCUUAGAGAAGGGAUGAGUCAGAGACACUUGGGUCAAUUCACAACCCUCGAUGUAAUACUCACUAGUCAUUUGCAAAAUGAUGUUUGCAAAACUCAGUUAACCCAGAAUUUAAGCGACUUUGUACCUACAAUGAAUGAAGAGGCCAGCUUCUGGCUCGCGGAGCAGAUCUCUAGCACGAGCACGCAUGCUGAGCUCACAGGCUAUGAGGCUAUGCUCAAGAUAGUGACGGGCAUGUCUUCUAGAAUAUUCGUCGGCCAAAGUCUAAGCAAAGACGAGAGAUGGCUUCGAAUGAUAGUCGAAUACACCAUCGAUGUCUUCCUAAUCUCGACUGCCCUACGUCCAUAUCCCGCCAUGAUCCGUCCCUUGAUUGCACCUUGGUUAUCAUCCGUCAAGCGGAUGCAGAGACAUUUGAGCAUAGCACAAGAACUCUUUGCGCCAGUCUUUGCAAGCUCCAUGUCCAAAGAGUCUAAGUCCAGCAGAGAUUAUAGUGUACUAGAAUGGAUGGCUAGGUCUGCACAAGGCGGGGACAGAGAUCCGCGUAUUUUAGUCAAGAAGUUGCUAUUCCUAACACUGGCGGCUAUCCAUACCAGCACUAUGAGUAUAACACAUGCACUAUUUGACCUUUGCGAGCACACCGAGUGUAUUGAGCCCCUGCGAGAAGAGAUAAAGGCGGCUGUUAGAACUCAUGGGUGGACUCUCCCAGCUGUAAACAGUAUGAAACUGUUGGAUAGCUUUCUCAAAGAAUCACAGAGGAUUAAUCACCCAGGUCUAUUGUCUUUCAAUCGUUGGGUGAGGAGCCCGUUACAUCUAUCAGACGGUACAGUGUUGCCAGCAAACACGUUUAUCUCGAUGCCAACGAACUCAAUCGCACACGAUCCAGAGCUUUACAAGAACCCGGAAUGUUUCGACGUAUUCAGAUUUCUAAACAAGAGAUUGGCGUCACAGGCAGAUGCACAGCGACACCAGUUCGUCAGCACUAGUUCAGACAGUCUUCCCUUUGGACAUGGCAAAUUCGCUUGCCCGGGUCGAUUCUUUGCCGCAGCGCAGAUCAAAAUAGUGCUGGCUAAUAUUAUCAUGAAGUACGAUGUCUCAUUCCCUGACUCACAAACACGGAGACCGGACAAUGUGUUUACAGGAGAAGGGAUUGCACCGGAUCGCAAGCAGAAAGUGGUGUUUAAGCAGCGGGGAAAAAGAUAAACUGGUAUUAGGUAGUAAGCCAUAUCAUUAUCUGCUAAGACUCUCAUAUACGAGCAACAGCUUCGAACUGGUGGCGAUGUUUGGGCCUAGCAAAAUUGGGUUACGAAAAUCAAAAUACAGAUCAAAGCUGAAAACGUCUCGUUCUACAUAUAUCGUUUUGACUGUUAAGAAAACCUUAAAGGUUAUUUUAGGCACAGAAAACUCCUC